UCUGACCUAAAAAGUUUUUGCAUCCAUGGAACCAGCUGUGUUUCUGUCAAAUGCUUCUUCCUACCAGCACCCACAGGGGGAGCCCCCUCUGUCACGCACUGGCUUCAUUAUUCUCUCCAUCAUUAUGGCUGUUUUCACUGGUCCAGCCAUCAUACUCAAUGCUACAGUGAUUAUUGUGUCCCUCAUGCACAAGCAGCUGAGGCAGCCUCUCAACUACGCUCUGGUGAACAUGGCUGUGGCUGACCUGGGCACAGCCAUGACCGGAGGGGUGCUGUCUGUCAUCAACAACGCCCAGGGGUACUUCUCCCUGGGAAGAACGGGCUGCGUUAUGGAGGGCUUUGCGGUGUCCUUGUUUGGCAUCACAUCCCUGUGCACAGUUGCUCUGAUCGCAGUGGAGAGGAUGUUUGUUGUGUGUAAGCCCUUGGGGCAAAUAACCUUCCAAAAGAAGCAUGCGGUCGGAGGUAUCGCUGUGUCCUGGCUGUGGUCCCUCACAUGGAACUUACCUCCCCUGUUUGGCUGGGGCAGGUAUGAGCUGGAGGGGGUCGGGACGUCCUGUGCACCAGACUGGCACAACCGAGACCCUCUAAAUGUCUCCUACAUCACGGCUUAUUUUGCAGUAUGUUUUGCAUUUCCUUUUGCCAUUAUCCUGGCAUCCUACACAAAACUAAUGUGGACAUUACACCAGGUAUCAAAGAUGGCUUGUGUGGAAGGCGGUGCAGUAGCUAAGGGAGAAAUGAAGGUGGCACUCAUGGUGAUUCUGAUGGUCCUGACAUUUCUGAUCAGUUGGUUGCCUUAUGCCUCCCUGGCCAUGCUGGUGGUCUACAACCCUGAUGUGGAAAUUCACCCACUGGUGGGCACAGUGCCCGUCUACCUGGCCAAGAGCAGCACUGUGUACAAUCCUAUCAUCUACAUCUACCUCAACAAACAGUUCCAAAAAUACGCUGUGGCCUUCCUGCUGUGUGGGAAGGAGCCCAGGGAGGACGAUGACACUUCAGAAACAGCAACGACUGUAGAGACUACUACAAUCAACAAAGUAUCUCCCGCCUGAAGUGUACACAUACCUACAACCAUCCAUUAACAUGUGUGAAAUAUGUAUGAUUCAGUUUAUACAUCCUUUUUGUCACCUGCUACACAGACAUCGACGAUCUACAAUGACCACAGUGCUUGAAUGUUUGUGUUUUUUCAAUUGAGAUGUUGUUUUAAUAUAUGAAGAUCUCAUCUAUAAUGGUUUCAGUACAAG